AUGGGCCUGGCCAGGGCCCUGCGCCGCCUGAGCGGCGCGCUGGAGCCAGGAAACAGUCGAGCUGGCGAUGAGGAAGAGGCGGGGGCCGGGCUGUGCCGCAAUGGGUGGGCGCCUGGGCCGGUAGCUGGGAGCCGGCGCCGCGGGCGCUUCGUUAAAAAAGAUGGGCACUGCAAUGUGCGCUUCGUGAAUCUGGGCGGCCAGGGCGCGCGCUACCUAAGUGACCUGUUCACCACAUGUGUGGACGUGCGCUGGCGCUGGAUGUGCCUGCUCUUCUCCUGUUCCUUCCUCGCCUCCUGGUUGCUCUUCGGCCUGACCUUCUGGCUCAUAGCCUCGCUGCACGGCGACCUAGCUGCCCCACCGCCACCGGCUCCCUGUUUCUCGCAAGUGGCCAGCUUCCUGGCUGCCUUCCUCUUUGCACUGGAGACACAGACGUCCAUAGGCUAUGGUGUGCGCAGCGUCACCGAGGAGUGUCCAGCUGCUGUGGCCGCUGUGGUGCUGCAGUGCAUCGCAGGCUGUGUGCUCGACGCCUUCGUCGUGGGUGCAGUUAUGGCCAAGAUGGCCAAGCCCAAGAAACGCAACGAGACACUAGUCUUCAGUGAGAACGCAGUGGUGGCUCUGCGAGACCACCGUCUCUGCCUCAUGUGGCGGGUGGGCAACCUGCGACGCAGCCACCUGGUGGAGGCUCACGUGCGGGCCCAGCUGCUGCAGCCCCGUGUGACCCCCGAGGGUGAGUACAUCCCACUGGACCACCAGGAUGUAGAUGUUGGUUUUGAUGGAGGCACUGAUCGCAUCUUCCUCGUAUCCCCCAUUACCAUUGUACAUGAGAUUGACUCUGCCAGUCCACUGUAUGAGCUGGGGCGGGCCGAGCUGGCCCGGGCUGACUUUGAGCUGGUGGUCAUUCUUGAAGGUAUGGUUGAGGCCACAGCCAUGACUACACAGUGCCGCUCAUCUUACCUCCCAGGUGAGCUGCUCUGGGGACAUCGCUUCGAGCCGGUCCUCUUCCAGCGUGGCUCCCAGUAUGAGGUUGACUAUCGCCACUUCCAUCGAACAUAUGAGGUCCCAGGGACACCAGUCUGCAGUGCCAAGGAGCUGGAUGAACGGGCAGAGCAGGCUUCCCACAGCCCUAAGUCAAGUUUCCCUGGCUCCCUCACUGCAUUUUGUUAUGAGAAUGAACUUGCUCUGAGCUGCUGCCAGGAGGAAGAUGAGGAGGAGGACACUAAGGAGGGGACUUCAGCAGAGACCCCAGAGAGGGCUGCCAGCCCCCAAGCUCUUACACCAACCCUGGCUCUGACCCUGCCUCCAUGACACAGCUGAGGCCCACUUCCCCAUAUGACACCCCUUCCCAAAGAUGACAGCUUCCUUCCAGCCUCUGAUGGGAGUGGGACAGGGGUUUCUCAGGACCAGUGGCCUGCUGAGGUGACCAUAAACCACGAGGAUGUCUACCACAGAUAUACCACACCUUUAUUUCUCUGCUCCAUUCUCACUCCCGAGACCCCUUUAUGAGCUGGAUUCCCGAGGCUUACCAGAGCCGAAGGAUCAGAUUUCUGGACCAUACAAGAGACAAGGCGUGGAGGCUGGAUUUUGGUUGGACAUCAGUGAGAUACACAGCCUCACGGAGGAAAAUGUCAAUUUACACAGAUCAAGAAACAAGGAUUCAGGAUCAUCAUAAUUGACCAAAGACAGAACAGUGACUGGACCGUGUGUGGAGAAAAGGCCCACCAAGAAAGCCCAAGAGUUGAGAUUCUCUUGAGUCUAAGUUGACACUGGGGAUUCUAAAACAGGUUGGCUAGAGGAGAGUGGAGCUGCUCCAAAAACUACAAAGCUAUGUUUCUAGAAUACACAAAACAUUGGUAGGUUUCUGAGUGUGGAAGGACUAAGCUGACACAUUAAGGUUCCAGAUCCUGGAGGACCCUGGAGGACUGGCUGUUUAGGGUCCGGCUAGAGGGGGUAGGUAGGUCUGGCUUCUCCAUGAUCCACAGGGUGAAUUUUGUUUUUGUUUGAAGUGCCAUUCUUAGAGCAUCCAAAGGAAUCAGGUUCUGUGGUUCAAGGCUGAUCAGAGUCCGGGUGGGAUCCUAGCUGUCUGUGAUUUGCUGGCUCCGCUCUGCCUAGCAGGGCUGAGGACCACCACGACCUUGGGUGGCUUGCUAUGGUUCUGUAAUGCCAAAAGGAAUCAAAACUCCAGAGACCAGCGCUGUCCUGUCCCAAAGCCUAGAAGUCCUAGUCACCUUCAGAUGGACAGCUCUAGAAGGCAGACACUGCUCUGGGUGGAGCUUGCAAGCAAGAGCCUAGAUGAUCACAGAGCUAACGAAUGGAAAAGGGAAGGAAGAG